GUCUAUACUAUGUCUAUACUAUGUCUAUACUAUGUAUUUUCGCCUAACAAACAAUUAAACACUUACUCUUCAUGGACAAACAGAUGACCACAGAAAAAAAAGACAACGUGUUUCAGUCAUCUGAUGAUGACUUGGAUGAAGACGAAGCAACCCAAUACAUAAUAGAGCAAAGUUUACUUGAAUACCGAAAGCUCAAGGACCUGAAUCCAAGUGAUCUGAAAGUAAGUGAAGACCCUGAUGAGAUUUUCAAAGCAAUCAAAGACGGUGAUGAGGAUGCACUUCAGCGACUCACGGCCCAACCAGAGGUUCUGUCCAGAGUUAAUGAACAAGGAUGGAUUCCUUUGCAUGAAGCUGCAGUGCAGGAGAGUAAAGACAUACUUGAAAUGAUAUUUUCAGCCUCUCCCUCGGGGACAGCCCAGUGCCGCACACUAAAGGGGGAGACACCGUUGUUUCUAGCUGUAGUUUACGGCCGCAGACAGAAUGCCACAUUUCUGUUACAGAAUGGAUGUAAUCCUAAUCUCCAGGAUGAUGAGCAGGAUUCUCCUUUAGUGGCAGCUAUUCUCAAUGACCAAUAUGACCUGGCAACACUGCUGCUUCGCCACAGUGCUCAAGUGGAUCAGAUAGGCCCCUUAAACAGGACAGCACUACACGAGGCUGCCUUUCUAGGCCUGGAGAAUUUUGUCUAUCUGCUCCUUGAGUCUGGUGCCAACCCAAAUGUUUGUGACACUAAAGAGAAAACUCCGCUGGCUCUGGCUGCACAAAAUGGACAUCUCAGUGUGGUUGAGCUUUUGUUGCAGAAAGGAGCAAACGUUGAAUGUGAAUCAGAGUCUGGCACUGUCUUGUUCGACGCAGCAGCAUCAGGAAACCCUGACAUAAUCUCUUUGCUGCUGGACCAUGGAGCAGAUGCUAACUUGCCUUUGUACAGUGGUCACCUGCCCAUCCAUCGUGUGGCAUAUCACGGACACAUACUGGCACUGCAGCGCCUCAUUCCAGUGACAAAACUAUGCGCUGUAAAGGAAAGUGGCAUGAGUCCGCUUCACUCUGCAGCCGCUGGAGGACACGCCCACUGUGUGGAAUUGCUGCUCAAAGCUGGCUUUGACCCAAACUUAAUGCUCCACCCAAGAGUGCGACGCAACUACGAUGAUGAACGCAAGUCUGCACUUUUUUUUGCUGUUUCCAACAAUGAUCUUCCGUGCACCCGCUUGCUUUUAGAGGCCGGGGCAAUGGUGAACCAGGACCCUAUCAGUUGUUUGCAGGUGGCUCUGAGACAGGGCAACUAUGAACUCAUCAACACCUUGCUGAAGUUUGGGGCAAAUGUGAACUACUACUCCCGUGUCAACAUCACCCAUUUUCCCUCAGCACUGCAGUAUGCAUUAAAAGAUGAAGUCAUGUUGAGAAUGAUUUUGAAUCAUGGUUACGAUGUGAGGCGUUGCUUUGACUGUCCAUAUGGCGACAGUUGCCACGACUUUGCUCCCUGGACGACAUCAGUCAUCAAAGAUAUGGUGUUCUGUGAGGUGAUAACAGUGUCCUGGCUUAGGCACUUAUCUGCUCAGGUGGUUCGGAUCAUGCUGGACUACACCGACCAUGUCCCCUUUUGCGCCAAGCUGAGAGAAGCCUUACAGGAACAGAAGCAAUGGCUGGAGAUUUGCCACAUUCAAAAGAACGCACGGAGCUUAAAGCAUCUGUGCCGGCUGCAGAUUCGAGAGCAUCUUAAUUGCCUACGCUUGAGAGCUUCUGUUUUCAUCAACUACCUCCCUCUUCCAUCCAGACUGAAAGACUACCUACGUUACAAGGAGUUUGAUGUGUACAACAGGGGCAGCCUAGCUAUUUUAUAGCAUACUAUAUACAGUAUCAAAUCAUGUUGUUUCAGUUACAUUAUACAAUCUUAGUUGGAGGCCUUAUCAUUUCCAGUGAUAGUAAAACAUUGCAUGUCAUUGUGGCUCCUCCAGUGGAAUGGGCCUCCAACGGGUUGUGAUCAAUUAUUGGUAUUGGUAUUGAAAUUAAUAGAGUAAUGGAAACCAAGUUUUUGGGUGUAAUUCUGGAUGAGAGGUUGUGUUGGAAAUCACAUAUACAGUAUACGAAGGUAAAAAUAUCCAAAAUAAUAGCAUUGUUACAUAAAGUAAAGGAUUCACUGGAUAACAAAGCAAUGUAUAUGUUGUACAAUACCAUGAUCGUUCCAUAUCUGACCUAUUGCAUUGAAGUAUGGGGAAAUGCUUGUAAAACAUAUACUCAGUCAAUAUUUAUUUUGCAAAAAAGAGCAAUAAGGAUAAUUAGUAGAAAACGAUACAGAGACCCAACAAAUCCAUUAUUUCUUCAGUUAAAACUAUUGAAAUUUCAUGAAUUAGUAGAUUAUAAUAUAUUGCAAAUUAUGCUGAAAGCUUAUAAAAAAAACUUUGCCAAUUAAUAUUCAGAAAAGAUUUGAAAAAGAGAAAGCAAGUAUUUGUUAAAAGGUACAGUGAUUUUCAAAAAAACAAAAUUCAGGACUAAAAUGAUGGAACGUUGUGUUUCUGUAAAAGGAGUCAAUUUAUGGAACAAUCUAAAUAAAGAGACUAAAGAAUGCAAGUCAGAUGUCAUAUUUAAAAAAAUGGUUAAAAUGAGUCUGUUGAUGAAAUAUGAAAUAUUUAUGUUAUGAUCGACUGUCAUACUAUGGUUAUUUUUACUGUGGGAAAUGGCAUUGGUUGAGUUGUAAUUGAGGACAUAUGUAACCAUCUGCGUGGCUGGCUGCUAUAUGUAUAUUUUUUGUUUAUAUUGUUUUUAAGUACGACCUUGUUUGUGAUUGAAAAAGGGGCAGAGAUUAUAAGACUUGUCUUCUGCUCCCUUUCAUUCUGGUUUGAAGAGUGUUUAUUUUAAUGUCAUUUUGUUUUAAUACUGUUUGUUUGUUUUCUUCUUUCUUGAAUGAAAUAAAUGUUUCAAAUCAAAAUCAAAUCAAAACCA